CACCCACCGUCACCACCCGUCUGCCGCUCAGACACCCUUCACUCUGAGGGUGCCGUCCCCGACAGAUUAAAUUAAGGCGGCCGCGCAAAUAUCCUCUCGCGAACACGCUUUCAUUUCCCCACCUACAACUCUCUUGCGAAGAGCCGCGCCGCACCGAUGGACGACCAAGAGUAUCUCGAGCCCGGCUUCGACCCUUCCACCCUCACCGUCCCGCGCCUGCGCUCCAUCCUUGUCGCGCACAAUGUCAACUACCCCUCAUCGGCGAAGAAGAGCCAGCUCAUCGACCUCUUCAACGACAAUGUGCUGCCUUUAGCCCGCAAACUCCGCACAGCGAACGCGCGCGUGAAGCGAACAAGCAGAGGGAUCGUGGAUGUGCCGGCAAGCCAAGGCACUGCCGACGAUGACGAUGAGGACGACGAAGAGGAAGAAGUUGCUCCAUCUACCGCCACGCGAAGUGGAAGGAGAACAACGAGGGCGAAGACUGAGGAGGCGCCGCAGGAGAUUGCCCCCACACCGAAGUCGACUAGACACAGCACAGCACCGCCCGAAAGCGUGUCACGCAGAGCAUCGAGUAAACGCGCACAAGCCGUCGCCGUUGACGAGGCGCCGGAGCCUAAGAGAUCCGCGUCACGCAAGUCGAGAUUGAGCGCGCAGACGCCUGUUGCUAAGUCGGGCUUUGCGGAUGAUGAUAGUCCGUUCUCGAAUGACAACGUCUUUCAGUCUGGAAGCUCACCGCCACCCCCUUCGACGGAUCGCCGUAGAACGAUUUCCGGAGUGGUGAGGGAUGCUGAUCGCCGGCGCAGCCGUGAAGCGAGGAGACGGACGGAGGAGAUCAAACCGUCGAGAGCACAGCUGGAUGGUGCGAGCGCGUCUUCUCGUCAGGCCCCCGUUUCGGUGCUGAAGAAGCGGAGCAAAGAUGCAGUCGAGGCUGGUGAAGAGUUCACUCCGGAAGAGCAAUGGGACCUGGUGCGAGCUGAGCAAUCUGGAGAGCUGGUUCCUGUACGGCCGAAAGCGAAGAAAGCUGGAUCGAAAGUGGCGCAGACUGGCUUUGGUGCCGUCUUGACUACGAUACUACUGGGAGUGGGCGCGCUCUGGGGUCAAGAGAAAGCUCGCGUGGGCUACUGCGGCGAGGGCCAUCACAGCAGGGAGAUUGCGGGCGUCGAAAUACCACCAUGGGCCGAUGUGCUUCGACCUCAAUGCGAGCCUUGCCCCCCUCACGCCAUCUGUGGGCCCAACUUGGAGACCGUCUGCGAGCCUGACUUUGUGCUUACACAUCACCCGCUCUCGGCGAACGGUUUCCUGCCAAUCCCCCCGACGUGUGAGCCGGACAGCAUGAAAGCGAAGAGAGUGGAGAAGGUGAAAGAGCGGGCAAUCCAUGAGCUGCGCGAGCACAAUGCCAAGUACGAAUGCGGCGAGCCGGUUCAACCUGUGCUUCGCGAAUCAGAAUUGAAGGCGCGAGUAAGCAGCAAACGCUUGAGCCGAAUGCAAGACCGGGAGUUCGAGGAGCUCUGGGCGAGCGCGAUCGGGGAAGUUCGAGACUCAGACGAGGUCACGCAGGGCAUUGACGGAUCCGGGCACUUCACCCUCCGCUCCACCAGCCUCGCCCGACUCCCCCUCAGCUGCGCCGUCCGCCGAUCCGUUCGUGAAACGGCUCGAGAGUAUUUUUGGCAACUUGUGAUUUUCUGCACUCUCCUCUCCUCUGGCGGCUACGCCCGCUACGCCUACACUUCCUCCCGCGACGCCGAGUCCCGCGCGAAACGCCUGGCGGGUCUGGCCCUCGACAAACUCAGCCAGCAAGCUGCGCUGCACGCCGCCGAACCCGAUACGUAUCGCGAAGGAUGGGUGAGCAUGGCGCAGCUGCGCGACGACGUGCUGCGCAACGAAUGGAGCACGUGGAACCGCAAGAAGAUCUGGGAGAAGGUGCAGGCGAAGGUGGAGAAGAAUGCGAAUGUGCGGCCGAUGGUGCGCGAAGGGAGGAGUGGGGAUGUUGGCCGCGUGUGGGAGUGGGUUGGCGCCGUGGGCAUGCUCGAGAGUCCUAGGGAUGCUUCUGCUGUUGCGUCUCCGUAUGGCGAGUCUGGUGGGCAUCAGAGGCGGAAGAGUGGACGUGUGAGUUUUGGGGGCGAGAGGUGGAUUGAGCCUAGUAGUUUUGCGGAUACAACGGAGAUGAGUGAGGUGAAGAGGAGCCGGUGGGAAGAGGGCGGGCAGUACUACUGAUGGCGAUGCAUGAUGGGGACUAAGACUGCGUAAGACGAAGACAGACGCAUUGCGAACGGUAGAACAUACCCACAGUAUCCCAUCACGGCUCUGAUAGCUCGUAUUCCAGUACUUCAUCAACUCCAACACCGUGCAGAGUAAAUAGAUCCACGAAGUCAUUGCCUGCAAUAACUUGAGCCUCAGGCACCCCGGCCCCUCCCGCCCGAAUCCCACGCUCCAACCCUCACAAUAUGCGACUCCCUUCUCUCCUCCUUUUUCUUCCCCCUCACACAACUAAAUCC